AUGAUACUCGAUAAACAGGAAAACUACUAUAUAAUAGCGGGCGACCUUAACGCAAAACACACAAGCUGGAAAAACGAUAUAAACAAUACGAGAGGAAACUUCAUUAGAAACUGGUUAGACAAUAAAAGCAUACUCUACAAAACAAACCUUUACAGCUCCGAACUACCCUCCUACCCAAAAGCAGGCUCAUACCUGGACAUAUGCCUAGCAGAUGCGCGACUAAAAUUCCAAGACCUGCGACCAAAUAACACCCUCAAAACCCUAGACUAUGACAGCGACAAUAACGCCAUAAAAUUUCAAAUAAGCAAGAAUACAUCCGACCAUUUAACACUUGAGACGCAGACCGAAACCCCCAGGUUUAAUUACAAAAAGACAGAUUGGAAAAAAUUCCAAAAAAUUCUGGAACAAAAUUGCGACCUGAAAAUCUACAACAACGCCAACCUAACAAACAGACAAAUCGACUCAUUCAUAGACGAAAUAGAAAAACAUAUACAAAUCGCUCUUCAAAGAUCCGUACCAAACCUAAAACAAAAAAAUUCUUGCGAGCCCUAUAUCAACAACAAAAUAAAAAAACUACAACGAGACAAAAGUUACAUACUCUCCAAAUUGAACAAUACAAAAUAUAACUAUUCUUACGACAAACGAGAAGACUUAGAAUUCCCAAAGUACCUACUAUACAAAAUAAAAUUACAACUAAAACAAGAAUUCGCAAUCUCUAUAAAUCAAUACUGGACAAACAAAAUAGGAAAUAUCUCGAAAAAAGACUCUGCCAGCAUGUUCCCGCAGAUAAAUCAAAUCUUCAGACCAAAAGAACAAAACCCCAUACCACCUCUCAAACUACCCCCAGAAAAAGCCUCCCUCAUCCAAGAAGCAGGUAUAGCGAUACACAACACCAACAAAGACUCCGAGGAUAAUUUCGUAAUAUCUAAAACAACGGAAAAAUUAGACAUUAUCGGCACCCACUUCUCCAAAACCCACACACAAAACGACCACAUGGGUCGAGAACAACUAAACAGAAUUAUCAUCGCCGAAACAAACAAGCUCAAAAACAUAAUAGAACAAGACAGAGCACUAAAUAAAACAGUCUGUACAUUCUCAAACGAAAAUACCGCGGACAACCCCAAACACCCAGAAACAGAAAUAAACUAUUUCACAACUUACAACCAACUAAAAAUUAUCUUCUCGAAAUUAAACAAUAAAAAAUCCUCCGGCUUCGACGGCAUCCCAAACAUAUUGCUCAAACGAUUACCCGAUAAAAUAAAAUGUGCCGCUCUGCAGUACGCCUACAGUACAAUUGAACGUGGCAUGUUCGUCGUCACAGUCCCAGAAUCUGUUAUUGGUAUCUUUAUUUAUGCGUUUACGGUAGGCGUUAAAGAUACCGUGUCCUGUUAA